GGGGGGGGGCAAAGGCUUCUGCGAAACGGAGUGAUAUACGGACGCAGGGGAGAGAGAGAGAGAGAGAGACGAUACUACAUAAUAGCAGUGAGAUGGUAACCGUACGCAGGUGUGGGUGAUGCACAAUCAGCAUGUUGCUCUCCUGUUAAUCAUUCUCGUAAAUGUCAACUCAGAACGUGCUCACAGACUCUUCUGUAGAGGUUCCCGGAUUCCAGCAAUCCCACCAAACAUUCACCUUUUUGCUGAUGCCGAUGCUGCAAGCUUGUACGCAUGGCUUCUUUUUUUCUUUCUUUCUCCACGUCACCCACAUGCGUCCAUUUUCCGCUUAUGCUUGCCUGUCCGUUUGCUGCUACACUGUGUGUGUUGCUGCACAUCACUUUUGAUUUAUAACAUCAAUAUAGGCAUCACUGCCAACUCAACGUGUCGCUUAUUAGCAGCUGCUAAAUAGCAUGAUCAAGGCCUAACUAUUAGUAAACGCUCUGUCUACGCUAUCACCGGCUACUCACAAAAUCUUUGCCUUUAUUAAAGAAAAUCAUUCUGACUCUGACUUUUUUGAAAUAGCAUGAUCGACACAAAAU